CUACGUCACAGGUUUUCAACCAAAGGCGGUAAUGAUAGGACAUUUUGAAUUUAGGGGACUGUGGCUAGCUGCUAGCAGCACAGGAUACGGGUUUGUUGUGGUAUGAGCUGCUAACUUCUCAAAGCUAACGCGAUGGCUUCGUACAAUCAUUUAUUAAAACACAAUAAGCCUCGGCUUGAAUCUCCAGCCAAGGUGUUCGCGAAGCUGAAAUCCAGACUGCACAGCGAGGCGGCGUCCGCGAAGGAUCCGCUGUUCACGGGCGACAAACAUGGAGCAGAAUUUCACUUGCCGAGGACGAGACAGAAGAGCUGCCGUGGAAUGAACGACGAGGAAAGCCACAGGCGUGGGGGGACUUGUGCCAGAGAAGUGCAGACACUGACGCUCUCACCCAUAUCGACUCCUGAGAAAAAAACAUGCUACCCUUUUUCAAACACCCACCCAGUAACUGGAUCUGAACACGCCUUUAUCUCGAGCACCGAACGCACGCCAAGAAAGAAAGCUUUCCUGGAGUCCACAGCCGUGUCUCAACCCCACAGAGAGCUGACCCACGUCGGGCCACGGCACAAUUCAGACCUGGAUGGAUUGAACGUGUUCGGCAGAACUCCACGGAAACUGCUGCGCGUGGGAAGUGACAGUGAGAGGGGUGUGUUUGAGGAGGAUCAUCAUGGUUCCCCGGACAAACUCCUGUCUCCAUCCACAAUCCUGUCCCCAUCCACAAUCUUGUCCCCAUCCAAACUCCUGUCCCCAUCCAAACUCCUGUCCCCAGUGAACCUGAGGUUUAGGAGGCGAACUAAGGAGCAGUAUGACCUGAACGAAGUCAGCAACAGCAGCCGUGUAAAAGAGGUCAACAGUGAAGUCACGAGUCAGCAACAAGACAUGAUGACAGCCACUGCAUGCCACAACAUCCACAGCAUGGCCGACCGGUCAGAAAAACGUUGCUUUGUUAUGAUGGACAAUAUCGCUGCAAUGUCUCCAGCCAAGAUGUUUGCCUUCAUGAAGGAGCGGGAAAGUAAAAUUAAAAGAGAGCAGCAUCCGGACGUUUGCGUCGUCAGGAGUGGCACAAGGGAGCUCUUCAAAGAUGAUAAUGAUUUACGUGAGGCCAGAGAGUUUCCUCUCCCCACACACUACGCUGUGGCUGAAAUGGAGGAGACUCCCUCUAGAAAUGCCCCAGAAAAUGUGGCUGCUGUCAGCUGCUCCAGAGAAGAGUCAGCGGACGGCCCAUCAGAUUUUUCCGAGGACGUCCAAACCUACGCUGCCCCGCCACAGGCGGUUUUGCUCGAAGACUCGCUCAUGCUCAAAUCACCACAGAUCUCCGUCCCCAAGAAACAGCCGGCUGUUUUCAAGCGCAACAAAUGGUCCCAGCAAACCAACUUCCCAAAUGACAGUGUCAUUUAUCUUAAAAACUGGUUCUUGAGGAAACAUCAUAAGGGCCUGUUUGUCGAUGGAACCCACAGGGAGGACAACAUACCAUGGAACAGUAACAUCAUCGUUGACAGGGUUUCUAACUCUGUGCUGAAGACCGUCUCCGGCACGAUUUAUAUUCUGGUCGGCAAGAUGACUUUGAGUGUUGACCCGGUGUUUCCCAAUUGGUUUUUGAAGCGGUUUGUCAGUGGUUUCCCUGCAAACUGGAAAGAGCUUUACGACAAGUUACUGUCAGAGUCAAGAGAGGACGCCAGCAGAGCAACAAAGAGGACCAGUGACAGAAAAGCCACCAAAGCCAAAACACAACCCGAGGCUUCCUCCAGUGUCCCUGAGAAGCAUCACAGACAGAAGCUUUUUAAGAUGCCUAAUUCCUUUCCGUCUGUCGUCUCCACUUCUGCUCGAGUGUCUCGGAGCGGUCGGGUAAUAAAACCACCUCUGGAAUAUUGGAAAGGAGGGAGAGUCAUGCUGGACGCACACAUGAAUGUUACAAUCCAUGAAUGUUAUGACACUUCAAUCUGCCUCCCUGAUGUCACGGAAAGAGUGUCUGCGAGCAAGUCACAGAAACCCGCCGGUGUGUUCGCGCCCCGCAGUGAAGGCCAAAGGCAAAGUGACUCGGCCUGCAACGAAGCGCCAGUGCCACAGAGGAAGGUCAAGGCUCCACUUUGCAGGCCCAAGCGAGCCAAAGUUAUCCCUGCAGAGAAACCCUCAUCCGCUGUGGAGACAGAUAGCAGCCCUGAAGAGUUCUCUGGAAGAACAACAAGGUCCAGUAAAAGGUCUCCAGUUUUGGAAAGAACACUGUAUGUAGACACUGUCCCUCAAAAGCAAAGAGAACCUGAGAAGGCUAAAAGACGGACAUUGAAAAAACAGAUUAAUGACACAAAUAACCUUCCGGAGAGGAAGUCCAAACGGACUGUUCGAGCAUCGGCAGAAUCUCCCACUGUUACUGAUACAACUUUACAGCCAUGGACGUCGGAUGACGAGUUUUCUGAGAAGAGGCAGAAGCAGGGGAGACGAUACAACAGAAAGUCACAGCCCACGUCCCUGGGAAAGGCCAAGAAACCCAGAAAGGAAAAGGUUGAAGCGCCGCAAGAUCCAGUUACAGGGAGAAGAGGCAACAGAAAGUCACAGCCGAACCGAAUGUCUCCACCAAGUCAGACAUCGGAGUCUUCCGAGGAGAGCGAGAACAGGGGAACCAGAAAACAAAAAACAAACAAAGGCAAACGGGUGCAAACACGCGCACAACAGAAACCGAGCAAAUGCACUGAAAUGUCACCACCGCCGGUGCCUUUGCCCAAGUGGACGGCGAGCAGCAAAACGCACAAGGCGAGUAAACACAGCACGUUUGUCCUGCCAGAGCGAGAUGAAGACGAGUGGACCGAGGCCGAGCUCAUGAAGCUACAAGAAGCUGUGUCCUACUAUCCCAAGCACGUGUCGGGUUAUUGGGCCAAAGUGGCGCAGAUGGUCGGAACGCGUUCAGCAGAGGAGUGCCACGGUCAGCACACGUCCCUGGGAAAAUCACAGACUCCCGUGAAGAAGGUCAGGAAACCCAGAAAGGAAAAGGUGGAAGCACCGAAAGAUCCAGUUACAGAUCAUCCUGUGAUAUCUGCCAAAGUGGGAACCUUGAAGAGGAAGCAGCAGGUGCGUCAGUUCCUGGAGGCCAUGCCCAGAGACGACGUUGACGAUGUUUUCAGCUCUGCGUACAUGCAGCAUAAACGCUUCGAGAUCCCCUCCAUGUGUCCUAGUGAAGACAAUUUCAGCGUGUCGGACAUGGAGCCUCUGACCCCCAUGACCAAGGUUUAUCCCGAGGUGAAGACGCCGCGGUGUUUGCACAUCACACCUGGCAUGAUGAGCUCCAAAGACAGGGACAACGACGACAAGUACGCCUAUCAGCUCCAGAAAAGGACCAGAAAAAAUCAGUUCAAGGUCUGCAAACCGACGCGUUCUUCAAAGAGAUUUACACCCAUGCCAUCAGUGAAGCGAGCAAUGAAGAGAUGUGGUAACACAGAAAACGACACAUUUGCCGUUUGGGAGAUGUUCCCGGGAAAUGACUUGGCCAUGUCUGACAGCGAAGAUGAAGAGGAUUUUUACUUUGACACCGUGAACUGAUCAGUCUGAACUGACCUGUCAUAGCUUACAAAAAAAAGAGAAACAUUCUGAAAUCAAUUAUGCUUUGUUUUAUUUGUCCAGUGUGAAUAAGAAAACAGUCCUGCUCUCCUGUCCCUGGGGAUUUACUGUAUUUUAAAAAUGAAAACUCUGGAUGUGAUCACUGUGUCAAUAUGUUGUUUCACGUUGUAGCACAGUCAGUUGUAACGAUUCCUUUAUUAAACGUUCUUUAAAUUUGUUUUUAUAGGGUUUAUUUGUAUUUCUUUAUUUAGGUAGGGCAACAAUUGUCCCGGUAAGUGGUAAAUUACAACCCUUUUAAGCUUGUUUUUUUUUCAGACUUGAGAACUUUCUUGUUUGUGUCAGGAAGAAAAAACGAAAUAUGAUCAAAUAAACCAUUUUAUGUAA